AUGGAGUCCCAACGCAGCUUCUUUCGGAAGGUGGAUGUCCCAGACCAUGUGCAUUACAUUGUGGCCUUUUUUGUUCUGGUCAUCGGUACUCUGGGAGUAGCUGGUAAUGCACUGGUCAUCUUCGCCUUCUACAGCAACAAGAAGCUGCGAACUGUCCCCAAUUACUUCAUCGUGAAUCUGGCGGUGAGCGACUUCCUCAUGGCCAUCACCCAGUCGCCCAUCUUCUUCAUCAACUGCCUGUACAAGGAGUGGGUGUUUGGAGAAUUGGGGUGCAAGAUGUAUGCCUUCUGUGGGGCUCUGUUUGGAAUAACCUCCAUGAUCAACCUGUUGGCCAUCUCCAUCGAUCGCUACUUGGUCAUCACCAAGCCCCUCCAAGCCAUCCAGUGGACUUCCAAGCGGAGAACUUCCCUGGCCAUCGUACUAGUAUGGCUUUACUCAUUAGCCUGGAGUCUGGCCCCUCUUGUUGGCUGGAGCUCUUACAUCCCAGAGGGCCUGAUGACCUCAUGCACAUGGGACUAUGUCACAUCGACCUCGGCCAACAAGAGCUACACCCUGAUGCUCUGCUGCUUUGUGUUCUUCAUCCCUCUGGGCAUCAUCUCUUACUGCUACCUCUUCAUGUUCCUGGCAAUCCGCAGCACCAGCCGGGACCUGGAGAAGCUGGGGACACACGUCAGAAAGUCCACCCUGAUCCAGCAGCAGUCCAUCAGGAAUGAGUGGAAGCUGGCAAAGAUUGCCUUUGUGGUCAUCAUUGUGUAUGUGCUGUCCUGGGCACCCUAUGCUUGUGUCACCCUCAUUGCCUUGGCUGGGCAUGCCAACAUCCUCUCCCCAUAUUGCAAAUCGGUCCCAGCCGUCAUUGCAAAAGCGUCAGCCAUCUACAACCCUUUCAUCUAUGCCAUCAUACACACCAAAUACAGGACCACGCUGGUGGAGAAGGUGCCCUGUCUAAGCUGUCUGUCCCGUUCGUCACGAAAGGACUGCCUGUCUGGGUCCAACAGCGAGUCCUCCUUCCGAGAGUCCAUCCUCAGCAGGCAGUCAUCUGUGUCCAAGGCCAAGUUCCGCCCUGUGUCCUCGAUGUCCACUAGUGACAUGGUGUGGAGUGACGUGGAGCUGAACCUGCUGGACCACCGGUCACACUCCUUCCGAAGCACAUCAUCCUGCAGCCUGUCCCGGGAGAGGGACAGAGGCCGCUUCUGCCACCAGGGCAAGGCCAAGAGCUGCUCCGCUGUCAUUGAGGAGAAGAUUCCAGGCCUAGAGAAGGAGGCUCUGAGCAGCUGCGACCAUGACCUGGUGUCCUGUUCAGUCUCCAUGGCAGCAAUCCCCCUAUUGGUUACAGUGAGGGACGGCCAGGGCGAGGGGCGGCAGGACAGGGAGCAAAACGAGGACACGGGGCAGGCUGGGAAGGAGUCUGAGAGCCUGAGGAAUGGAUGGGGCUCGGCCGGCUCAGGGCUGGACAGCAGCGGGGGCUCCGUCCCACAGAUCAUUAUUCGCCCCAUGUCAGAGAGCAGCUUGAUCGAGGAGACCGUGACCCAGGGGGAGAAGCCAGGGCUGCUGCCCUGUGAGGCGGCCAAUCUGCUGCAAGGCCUGAAGAGCUUGAACUGUUCCACUGAACUGCUGGAGUCUGUGGAGAAGUUCCUCUCCUGA